AUGACUUCGUCUGUUGUAGGCAAAGGUAUUUUUACAGAAACCGUUCGAAAAGCUCUGAACUACAUUAACAUUAAUCUUUCAGAAGUUACAGUUGGUAAUAUUAACCGAUUUGAAAAAAUAGUUGAAGGUUAUCCACAAAAUACAGUGGGUAUUAUUGUAACAUCUCAAACAGGAUGCUCAAUCAGUAGUUCGAAACGUGCAAAGUCUCAAAAGUCUUCAGCCAGUAUUAUAUUUACGAGUAUUAAUGAAAUGGCAACUGAUAUUCCAGCAUACUUUUUAUUAAGAAAAGAUCAUAAAUGUAAAGAUCAUGAUCUUAUAGAAAA